UCCCCUCUCAAACCGCUCUGUCAUGCUGGAAGGCCAUUGGUCGGAGUCUGGAUCAAUCACACGAUAAUCUGGUUCAGGGUAGGUUGGUACAGGCGCCAGCGCUGAAGAAAGAGCUCUACGUUUUAAACGCCCAGGGAGGAUUCCGCAAUUACCGCGUUUCGCUUUUCCCCCUUCUUCUUCCUCCCCGUGCCUGGACAAUAUGACGUUGUCAUGAGGAAUGCAGUAGUUUACCUACAAUCGUGGACAGCCUGGACAUAAACAUCCACUAAGCACUUUUGCCACAGAGUGGCAUCGACUUCGCUUUCUCCCGAUUUGAAAUUCUGCGAUGCGGUUUGGAAUUUUUCCUUUUUUCUAAUAGCAGCCAGAUCCUCGUUCGCUAAACAGUGGAUGUUUUAGAGUGCUUCUGAGUAUGUAGAGUGCACAUUGCUAAGUUAAAAAAAUACAUAUACUUUUACCAUUUGGCCCUGUGCUUCUGCUGGUGGGGAGAGCAUCAUCAGCCAAAGGUUUCUAUCUACUUCGAAGACUUUGUUGUGGCUUUUGGACAGCGCGCAGACAUGGGAUUGCCUGCUCUGGAGUUCAGCGACUGCUAUCUGGACAGUCCACAGUUCCGAGACAGGCUUAAGUCUCACGAACUGGAACUGGACAAGACCAAUAAGUUUAUCAAGGAGCUGAUCAAGGAUGGAAAGGCGUUAAUCCAGGCACUGAAAAAUCUGUCCACGGCCAAGAGGAAAUUCGCAGAGUCUCUCAAUGAGUUCAAGUUCCAGUGCAUCGGAGACGCUGAGACGGAUGAUGAAAUCUGUAUUGCCAAGUCGUUACAGGAGUUUGCUGGAGUGUUACAAAACCUGGAAGAUGAAAGGACUCGCAUGAUUGAGAACGCCAGUGAUGUGCUGAUCAUGCCACUGGAGAGGUUCCGCAAGGAGCAGAUCAGUGCUGCUAAGGAGGCCAAGAAGAAGUAUGACAAAGAGACAGAGAAGUACUGUGCUGUGCUGGAGAAGCACCUCAGCCUGUCGGCUAAGAAGAAGGAGGCCCACCUGCAUGAGGCGGAUAACCAGGUGGACCAUGUGAGGCAGCACUUCUAUGAGGUGUCUCUGGAGUACGUGUUCAAGGUACAAGAGGUGCAGGAACGGAAGAUGUUUGAGUUUGUGGAACCGUUGCUGGCGUUCCUCCAGGGCCUGUUCACUUAUUACCACCAUGGCUAUGAGCUGGCCAAAGACUUCAACCACUUCAAAACCAACCUGACCAUCAGCAUCCAGAAUACGCGGAACCGAUUCGAGAGCACGCGUUCUGAGGUGGAGGGCUUGAUGAGGAAGAUGAAGGAGAACCCGCACGAGCACAAGAGCAUCAGUCAGCACACCAUGGAGGGCUACCUAUUCGUGCAGGAGAAACGCUCGUUCGUGUCCACCUGGGUGAAGUACUACUGCACGUACCACCGUGAGCCCAAGCGUAUAACUAUGGUGUUAUUUGACCAAAAGUCUGGUGGGAAAAUAGGAGAGGAGGAGAGUUUCGUCCUGAAGUCGUGCAUACGGAGGAAAACAGACUCCAUUGAGAAGCGCUUCUGUUUUGACGUGGAGGCUGUCGACCGGCCUGGUGUGAUCACCAUGCAGGCUCUUUCAGAGGAAGAUCGCAGGUUAUGGAUGGAGGCCAUGGAUGGUCGAGAACCAGUGUACAAUAUGAAUAAGGACAGUCAAAAUGAAGCCAUGGCUCAGUUGGAUGUCACCGGUUUCAACGUGGUGAAGAAGUUCAUCUAUGCAGUUGAAACCAGAGGCAUUGAGGACCAGGGCCUGUACCGGAUCGUGGGUGUGAACUCCCGAGUGCAAAAGCUGCUGGGUCUCGCCAUGGAUCCUAAAACAUGUGCUGAUGUAGAACUGGACAGCACAGAGUGGGAGAUCAAGACCAUUACCAGCGCCAUCAAGCAUUACCUCAGGGUGCUACCUGCACCCCUCAUGACCUAUCAGUACCAGAGAAGCUUCAUCAAAGCUGCCAAGCUGGACAACCCGGAGGCGCGCGUGGCCGAGAUCCACAGCCUGGUCCAUCGGCUGCCUGAGAAGAAUCGGCAGAUGCUCGAGCUGCUUAUGAAACAUUUGGCAAACGUGGCCAAUCAUCACCAGCAGAACCUGAUGACAGUGGCCAAUCUGGGCGUGGUGUUUGGCCCCACUCUGCUCCGCCCCCAGGAAGAGACGGUGGCGGCCAUCAUGGACAUCAAGUUCCAGAAUAUCGUGGUGGAGAUUCUCAUCGAGAACCAUGAGAAGAUCUUCAGAGAGUCGCCGGCCGGUGGAGGAGGAGGUUCGGCCAACAGCAACGACCUCGCCGUGAGGAGGCGCAGCACGGAGAGCAAAGCGCCGUCCUGCAGCGAGAGGCCACUCACGCUGUUCCACACACCCAGCAACGCGCAGGAGAGAGCAGAGAAGAGAUCAAGUGUGGUGCUCAACUCGGACACCCUCAGCACCCCUCCGUUGGCCAACUGCAACAGCUCUCACCCCGGGUCCCUCACCAUCGCUCACCCGAGCUCGCACGCGGCCACACACACGCCCGUCUGGACCCGCCUCAACAGCCUCCCCACAGGAGACAUGGACCUCGACGGUGUCCUGCUGAUGAGACAGAACCGGCCCAACUCAUUGUUUAAUUCCAAGAGCCGUUCAAGUGUUCCAACAAGUCCGGUAUCUCCUAGCCCCACCUCUCCUCGCUCUCCCUCCUGGCCGAUGUUCUCUGCCCCUUCCAGUCCUCAGCCCGCCUCCUCAUCUGCAGACUCCUCCCCUCUCAGCGUACAGCGAAAGGCACGAGCCCUCUACGCGUGCAAGGCAGAGCAUGAUUCAGAACUCUCCUUCAUCGCAGGGACCAUUUUUGAGAAUGUCCAUCGUUCACGGGAGCCCGGCUGGCUCGAGGGGACGCUGGACGGACGGACGGGGCUGAUCCCGGAGAACUACGUGGAGUUCCUGUAGCCAUGGAAACCAAGAGGAUGGCAUUGCACUGCACGCCCCCACAGCGUAGGCUGGAGAGGAUCCAUCCUG